UGCCCUUCCUUCCCUCUUCCUACCGUUUGGUGUUUCGGCUUCGGUUCUCGUGCUCAUUCUUUUGUUCCUUUGCCUCUUUGCCUUGCAGUGUAGUUGCUUGUGCGCGAGACGCAAGACGUUGAACGUCCCUUUUCACAAUCUUCACCCUCGACAAGUCAAUCUUGGUCAAAGCUUUCAGCAACUCUCUGUGAGAGCCAUCAAGCACUCGGCUGAAGGAACCGGGUCAUUUGCCAAUUCAUUCAAUACGUCGCUCUUUGCUUCUUAGACCGUUACAACCACAAUGGUGUCCAAGGGAUUAAUGGCCUUUUGGAGUUUCGUGGACUUUCUCCUGCUGGCGGCUGGAGGAAUUUCCAUCGCUCUCUCUAUCAUCUGGCGCAAGCCCGAUAUCCUCAUGAACAUGGCCAUUUCGUCGGAGUUCUUGACUACCGGAAUGGUUUUGGGCAUUGUCCUCUGCGUGACGUUCCUGGUUUCUGUCGCAGCGGUUGUGCAAAGGAGCCAUGUAACGAUUGGCUUCGUCAUUCUCAACUACGUUCUCGUCGCGGACUCGCUCUUCGUGUUGGUUGCGGGAACCAUGGUCUGGUUCUUCUCCCUCCGACAGCGGGCCGAAUUCCAAGUCCGAUGGACGGCGCUACCGACCGCUGAUAAAGUCACUUUGCAAGACCAGUUCCAAUGCUGCGGUUAUUUCACCGCCGCUGACGCUGCUAUCCAAGCCGGGUCGUUCUGCACCUCCCAAGAUUUUGCUAAUGGCUUGAGCAACGCUACUGCGAAUUUCUGCGUUUCACAUAUCACGGCCUUCACGGACUACACGCUGGAGAACACUUUCACUACGAUCUACGGGUUUAUGGCUGUUGUCCUCACUCUUUUGGUGACGUCGCUUUGUGUGAUCAAGAAGAGACAAGAAGAAGAACGGUUCAAACGCAUCGAUGCUAAACGUGGAGGACGCGGUUUCGUCUAAUGUGGCCGAACUUACCCUAUUUCCCUCUCAUCCUUUCCGCUCGUUGUUACAUCGUUCUCAGUAAUUGCCGGCGUUCCUGAGCUCGUACAUGCGGCUCUCAAGGACCCGUACACUGUUUCUUUCCGAUCUUUGGCAUGUUGAUUAGCUUUUUCCCUCGUUUUCCGUACCGAAUACCAAGUGUUGUCGAAGGGUUUACUGGCGGGUCAGCAGCACAUCGAAUCAUUUGAAUGUACUGCCCACUCUCGCUAUGUAUGUAAUCUACCAUUGUACACUGGAUUCCCUUCCGCAUGCGUGAAUGGCCGGCUCGGACUGAAGUGGUCAAGAAGCUAAGCGACUGAGCGAAUGUCGAUGGACGUAAUCGUGAUUGGUCGCUGGCUUGCUGCGCAAUGGCUUCCUCUCUCGGCUGUUGUUUAGUCGAAUUACGGCAUAACUCAAGGAAAUCGGAGCGACGUCCUAAUAGAAAUUCUCAGGGCAGAUCGAAAUUGGAUCUCUCUCAAAGAAGCGGACAUGAUUUCAAUCAGCUGCGGGGAACUCUCCCACUUCCCGAGAAGAAUUCAGAAUCAGAAUUCAGGGAAUGCACUAUCAAGACGAUGCGUCGGACUCCUGGCCUAUAUCUUUUCACAUUCACGAGGCAAGGCCGAUAGCUGUCAGCAUACAGUACAGUAAGAUCCCGAUAAUCAACCACGAUUAGAUCAAGGAUCUUCCAUCACGUGCAUUCGCUCGAACUUGGGCUGAGCUUGAUGGUCUACCAGAGAUGGGCAAGGCGAGGAAGAAGAAAGUUCCCUUGACCGCCCGCUCGAGCUCUUCCGUGGCGAACUCCAGCUCUAGGCCUGAGUCAACCCGACAAGUCAUUCGACAAUACCAUGUCUUGCUCAAACAGAAAUCCCAGCUCGAAACAUCCUUGGCCAGCAAGUUCGACGCCCAAGCAACGCAGAAAUUACAAGAUGUGACGCGACAGAUCGAUGAAUUGGGUGGCUUGGAGUCCUACCAGCGGAUGUCGGUCAUAGGCCAGGGGUCUGACAGAGGCGGUGGAAGCGAGAAAAUUCUUAUCGCAUGGCUCAAGGAGUCGAGGCGGGAUGCGAAAGAGAUGGUCCCAACAUUGCGACUGCUUGAGGUGGGGGCUUUGAAGCCAGAUAAUUACGCGUCGUGCGAGAGCUGGAUUAAGAACACACCACUUGAUCUGAACUCCCGGCAUCCAGAUAUUCUCGAACAAGAUUUCCUACUCAUGGACGCAGACGAGUAUCGCGAGAAAUGGGAUGUCCUCAGUCUGAGUUUGGUACUGAAUUUUGUCUCAGACGCGAAAGAUAGAGGGCGAAUGCUCCGGUUGGCGUGGUCUUUCUUGGUAGAAGGGGGCUCAUUGUUCCUCGCUCUUCCUCUACCCUGCGUAGCAAACUCCCGAUAUGUCGAUUCGCAGUACUUGACUGGUCUCAUGGAGUGUAUCGGGUUUUCGCAACAACGCGAACGGUCGAGGGCAGGCGGGAAAAUGAUUUAUCUGUUGUAUCGCAAGCAGUCUCCCGUAGGCCAUACUGCUCCGUACGAGAAGAAAAGUAUAUUGCGCUCAGGCAACAGGAAUAACUUUUGUAUCCUUCUGUAAUUUGAUUCUAGUAAGGAUGGUAUUCGUGAACUUCGAGGAGACCACUCUAGCACACGGUCACAUGCCACGAUCGAGCUUUCUGAACCGUCCAGAAGUACAGAAGCACAAUCCCCGAUCCUGACCGUGGACUGUCCAAAUCUACGACCUGCCAUUUAUACGAAACCUGACAUCUACACCAUCACCACGCGAUCCAGCAUGAAGUCUGCCACCCUGAAUAUUCUUCACUUCAACGACGUCUACCGGUGCGGCCCCCAGAAGAUCGUGUCCGGCAAACCGGAUACCAUCGACGUCACACAGUUCAGCGCGCUCUUGGAUGGCCUGAGGUCCCAGUGGGAGCUGCGAUCGGACGGAAAGCGAGAGGGCCUUGUGCUCUUCUCUGGAGAUGUGUUCUCGCCGUCUAUCGAGAGCACCGUCACACGAGGCAGUCAUAUGGUCCCGGUCAUGAACGAACUUGCUCCGGACGUGUCAUUGACUGGGAACCACGACUUUGACUUUGGAUACCGGCAACUGGUGGAACUGAUGAAGGCCACGACCUUUCCCUGGAUCUUGAGCAACAUCAUCGAUGUCGACACGUCGGAAGUGCCGCCCAGUUUGAAUGCCUUCCAAAUUUUCGAGAGAAGUGGUUUGCGGAUCGGUGUUAUCGGACUCGUGGAGGAAGAAUGGAUCGGCACCGUUGCCAAUUGGCCUGCCAACUUUGUCCACAAGGACAUGCAACAAGUCGGUAUCGAACUAUCAAAAACUCUGCGCGGGGAGCACCAAUGCGACAUUAUCGUGGCGUUGACUCACUGCCGCCUACCGAAUGACAUUGUGCUCGCAAAAGGCUUACUAGCUCUAUCGCCGUCUGCACAACAAACGAAUCCGGUCCACAACACGCACGGAGUCGACUUGAUUCUCGGGGGUCACGACCACAUGUACUAUGCGAGCCGAGGAAUGGACGACUGGGAGAACUAUGACCGAACCCAGACCCCUCUCGGAGCCGAGCAAGACCGCGGAGAUAUCUUGGUCUGCAAGAGCGGCACGGAUUUCCGUGAACUGAGCGAGUUGAAAAUCGAGUUGGAGGACACCCCUGCCGAAAGUGUGAGACGCAAGGUGAUCAAGCACAUCCAAGGGAUAAGACACGUGACCCAAUCAGGGUCCGCGUCCUCACCAAAAAUGGCGCAAGUUGUCAAGACUGCCCUCUCGUCUGUAUCCUCGACCUUCAAAGCUCCGGUCUGCACUACGGUAACAGCUUUGGACGUCCGCUCCCAAGGUCUCCGCACGGAGGAGUCUGGGGCGGGCAACUGGAUAGCAGAUGUCAUUCGACAUGCCUACGACGAUACACUGUCGAUGCAAGGCCAAGGGGCCGCGGAUCUUGUGCUUGUCUGUGCCGGUACCUUUCGCGGGGACUCUGUCUAUGGGCCGGGCGUGAUCACACUGGGUGAUAUUAUGGAGAUUCUUCCGUUUGAAGAUCCAGUGAUCGUUAUUGAGCUCGACGGGGCGGCCAUCUGGGAUGCCUUAGAGUCUGCUUUUGUGACCUGGCCCGCUCAGGAAGGCCGUUUCCCAGUCGUCUCUGGUUGUCGUGUCUCGUGGGACUCUCGCAAACGGCCCGGGGAGCGGGUUCUUGGUGUCUGGCUCACCAACGAGAUCGAGGACACAGACGAGCAUUCCCGUGGAGACUCGCGUAUUGUUGACGGCGAGUCUAUCGAACGAUCGUCUGACAGGAAAUACAAGGUGGUCACUCGACAAUACAUGGCAGAAGGGCACGACGGAUUCACUGCCAUGACGCGAGGGAAACAUCUCAUCGACGACGAAAGUGGACAGAUCAUGUCUGCAAUUGUGCGCCAGUACCUGAUGGGAUCCCAUUACGUCAAUACCAUGGCGCGACUGAAAGACAAUGCGCUGGAGCACUUGCAUCCGACAACAAAGUCGGCUAUUCGGCAUGAACAGCAACAUCAAAACACGACCGCAUCCAAGUGGAAACACGCGGCUCAUCUUGCUCUACAGUGGUCGCGAUCCAGACGUCACUAUCAGAAUCAUAUCGGUGUCUGUAUGAGAGAGGAAAUGGACGUCGUCGAUCCCAUUGACGGGAAAAAGAUCCGAGCAGGCCAAACGCAAGAGGGUCAUGUUGACACCGGAAAAGAUCAGGAUCUGUUGACGAUAAACCCUUCGAUUGACGGGAGAUUGAAGGACGUGGGGCGGUGAUACCUUCUAACUGUACAUACAUACUCGCUAGCGCCUGCGUGACCUAGGAUCAUCCACAGGAAUCAGCUUCUCGUUGUCAAUCUCGGCAGAUUCUCCUAGCAGAUUCUGCACAUGGUGCGUCACUGUACCGGCGCCAUAACCGAGAGAAAAUCCACCAAGCGUCACUGCGAUCGAGUGAGAGAGAUCAACAGACUAUGAAUGCAGACGCCUACAAUCGAGUAGCCCAGCUCUCCCCCAGAACACAGCAGGCGCGAUGCAUGCAAGAAGGACAGACCCAAUGGCAGCAAAGUCUUCUUCUCUGCGUUUGCUUUUCUGCAAGUCCCCGGAUGAGCAAGAUUCCGUGAGUUGAGUGAAGAGCACAAACGCUGUAAACCAACUCAUGACGCCGCUGCCGCAGAGAAUCGGCAUCCAAGAGCGAGUUUCUCGCGUACACAGCGGCGCCACCGACACCAGCAGCUAUUUCAACGUUGAACACCAUUCACUUGAUUGCAUAAAGCAUACCUCCAAGACCAGAUAGAGUGGACAUGUUCAUUGCGCGUUCAAUCGACAGGCGUUUCCCGGGACGUCGAGAGAACAAAGAGAGGGAGAUGUAGACGGGAAUCUAUGUGAAACAUGUCGGUGGGGUUCGAAGAGACAGUAUAGCGCGUAUAUGUACUCCAGCAACAGCACCUAGAGCGAAGAAAGUCUUCAUUUUCCUAGCAGUGAUGUAGGCCGAGUCGGAACUCCAUUUCUCUGUAUCACAGCGCGUCGGAUGCUGCAGAAGAGACAGGAAACAAUUUCACCUGAGGGGAAGAUAUCUGGAACAGACAUGCCGAAGUGUUUCAACGCGCAAGUCAACGCGACUUGGGACUGCUCAAAGUCACUUCUUUACUACUUUCAGCUAAUGGUCACGGUCACAGAUUUACUGCCGAAAUGAAAUGUCACGCUUAGUCACAGCUUGACUCUUUUCUCUAUACUUGCCAUGAGCACGAUGCUCUACGAUGCGCACGAUGCGCACAUGUCGGACUACCCCAUCGACAUCGACAUGAGCCUCUCUUCAGAACCGUGGUUUGACCCGGAAAAUACGAUGCAAGACGACGAUAGCUUGGCGCCUGUUUACGACAAUGAGAGCACUCAUAGCGUCGAGGUCGAGAUGGGCGACGACCAUUACACCGAAGAAUAUGAAAUGCUCGACGGAAAAGGAGAGGAAGGCCACUAUGAGGAGAUGGGCGGAGAGCUGGUGGAUAUCGAGGUCGUGGACUUCACCGAGGAAGAGCCGAGUCUUGAUGCUACUCUUCUCCCUGUGGAUGUGGAUGCCGAAGUGGCACUGGAAUCUCUUACUUCUGGCGGCGAACCAUCUCUGGAGCCGGAGGGCGUAGGGCUUGCUGGUGGAGACGUCGUGGUUUCCCUGAAUCCUAGCAUCUCUCCUGGUGCUCCAGAUGCGGACUUGCCGGAUGCUUCUGCACAAGCGACUCCCAUAGUCAUCUUUCGGAACCUCGGAGAGCCACAUGUGGAAGAAGCGUCCACCGCACCAAGUGAAACUACCAUUGCUCAAAACGGCGAAGAAACUGAAAGCUCAGCAUCAUAUCGAGACGCUGUUGCCGAGGGAGAGUCCGCAGGAGAUGACGGUCUUGCUGGAACUUUUCAUGCCGGUGAUGCCUUGCAGUUGCCGGACUCGCUGACCUCGGAUGAUAAAGUUGAACCUGAAAGUGGAACGUCUGAAGCUCCCAUUGACGUGCCACCCGAAGAACACGAAUCGGCCGAGGCAGUGCAUUCUGAGCCAGAUCCCCACGAGAUCUCGGAAGGCGUUUACAUCGAUCCUCCUCCCGCUGUGCUUUUGUCCUUUGAAGACCCGAGCUUUCCUGAUAUGACUCUCUUCAACCGACCAACACGGUCUCGGUCAGCGAGUCCGACACCCACGACUCCAGGUGCCCACAUACUGAAUGUUCUUUUGCAUCAUCAACCCAUUCUCUAUUAUGAGAGUCUGUCCAGCGUAUUCGAAGCGCUGCGUCAGGAAGAGUCCAUCUCGCAAAUGCUGGAUUUGGCCGAUUCUGAAUUGAUCCUGGAUGCGUAUGAUCUGCAGUUGACAGUAUCCGAAGACAAUGUGCACACUCGAGAAGUCACAUUGCACGACCUUAAUGUCCUGCAUGAUGGGUCCAAUCUCGUCGGACCACUGCGACUUCGGUUGAAGGUGGUCGCACCCCGAUUCAUUCAACGAUUUCGUAUGUUACAGGAUCGAAUCUCGCGAUUGCAGCUUGGAUUCGACGAAGAACAUGAACCAGACGGCGACCCGGAUGAAUACGUGGAACCUGAUGCAACAGAGCCAUUGUCUGGUGGCCUCGAGGAUGACAACCCUGUAGCAUCGCAGGAGUCCCUCGACCCUCACACUGUUCUGGCGGCGCCAUCAGAACAAGCGCAGCCGAACGCGGAUGAGGGUGCAGAAGAGGUCUACGAAGAAGCAGCCGACGAGGAAGAAUACAACGGUGAGACGUUGAAUGAUGAAGAAGUUGAUCAGCCGAGUUUCGAGGAGACGGUUGAUGAAGUUACUGAAGAUGACGGAACCUGCGUAGAGCAACCGGUUGAAGACUCUACACAGGCUGCUCAAGAGGAAUAUCACGAUUCCACUGAUACCCGACUUUCCCCAGAUCAUGGCAAAGCAGAGACCCCCGAUAAGUACAAGCCAGAUUCAUCCAACACCCGAACGGCUACUCCCGACGCUGAAGUGCCGAUCGAUGGAACCAAUGACGGUCUCGAGUCCGAUCAAGACCCUGCGCAGUCUGAUCCUGCCUGGGUUGCUUUGGGCGACGAGGAACAAGACGCCGACACCACUUUGGCAGGAGAAGCCGAGCACGAAACUGCGUCUAAUAAAAGCUCGGUUACACUGUCGAGCAAAUCCUCGAAAAGAUCCUUCGAUGAAGUCGGAUUCGAGGAGGAGGAAACUGAUCCAGCUUCUCCCCCAGGCUCUCCCGGCACCAAGCGCAAAAGACUCGACUGAACGUUCUGUCCCUGUUCUCGCAUUGAUAUUCCGCAAAUUUCCAGCAUCAAGUAUUUUCACAAGGCUAGGUUUUCCUCCCAAAGACUAUGAUUCUUUCUUCGUUUCACGACAGACCUGCUGACAUUCCAGACUUGUAUUCGGUCUCCUCCGGAAACUCUCUGAGGAGAAUGCAUUGAUUAGUUAUGACAUAUAAAUAUCCCAGUUUUGCGGCAAGAAACCUGAUUCGUCGGUGAUUCCGUCACCGUUCGCGUGCAGAUUGGCUGUGAACGACAGAUUUGAAACUUCGUAUCAGACGCUGAUACAGUCUGGACGGGUCUGGACCAAGUCCCAUACCGAUUCGCGGUGCCGAAUUCAGCCGGGCACAGGAUGCGUAUCUAGUUUGCCCCCCAGUUUGGCUCCAGUUUGGACCUGUGAAUUUGAGCCCAGCUUACAUUGUGCACUACACAGUCAUUGCGAGGGAGUGCUUGUAAUUUUGCGUGUAGAAACCUUUGGUUCCGCGGUGUGGGCCGGUUUGUGUUCCCUGGUCAAUAGCCAUCUCGUGAGCGAAGAAUCAGGCAAGCAACGACGGUUUCCAGGGCAAGGCUGAACCAAUCAGCUGCUGAGUUUCAAUUCGGCAGGCUACUUGACUGCAUUCCCUUUCUCCGCUUUCCUUAUACUUAGUCGUUCUCGGGGCGCUCCCAUUCCUCAGGCCGGUCCCUCCUCUUUUCCUUCUUGAAGACUAUCUAUCUGUUGUUGUUCAUCACACGGCCUCGACUCAUUCCCUCGUAACCGCAAUCGUCUAGACCACCUAGGCCCUCCCAGAUUUGUAUGCCGCGUAGGGGCUCGAUGGACUUCCAAGAUCGUUCACCAGAUGGCAACUUGUCCCAGCACCCAGACCUCGAUGGUCUGAAGCAAAAUGGGACAUCUCUUACGAGGAACAAGACGGAACGUCGGCGUCUUCAAACCGUUCAGCGCUCCGAUCCUGUGAACUCCCGGCAGGCGCCUGUCGUCAAUACUUUCGGCCAGAAGGUCAGCUUGUGGCUGAUCAACGAGGGUCAGCGUCAUAUCUUCUUCGCCACGUUCAUUUUCCUCCACAUCAUCGUCGGCAUCUUCGGUUGGUUCCACUAUGCCCUGAAGGAUAACUUGACCACUGCCCGGGCCACGUUCGGAGUCACGUUUGUCAUCGCUCGUGCUGCUGCCUUGGUUCUCCAUGUCGAUGUCAUCUUCAUCCUGCUCCCCGUGUGCCGUAACUUUGUGUCGGUCAUGCGUCGCACUCCGCUGGGGACAGUCAUCCCGUUCGACAAGAACUUGACACUGCACAAAGCGACUGGAUGGUCCAUCUUCAUCGGCAGCGUCAUCCACACUCUUGCCCACAUUGUCAACCUGUACCAUCUCACCAUGGCUGACAACAGUCUGCACAACACUGGAUCCCGGAUCGCAUUCUUCUUCUACUCCAACUUCAUCAUCGGCCCUCUUAUCACUGGGUGGCUCAUGUGGGCCUGCUUGGGGACCAUGGUCUAUUUCGCGUUGGAGAAGAGACGGCGUGCGAAGAACGGUGGAUUCGAGAAGUUCUGGUACACUCACCAUCUUUUCAUCCCGUUCUUUAUCCUGUGGCAAUUCCAUGGCAUGUUCUGCAUGAUCAAGCCCGACCGUCCUCCGUACUGCUCGUUCAAUACGAUCGGUGUGUUCUGGCGCUACUGGAUUGUCGGCGGUCUCAUUUGGAUCUACGAGCGCAUUCUCCGUGAGGUCCGGUCUCGCCACGUUACGUUCAUUUCCAAGGUCAUCCAACACCCGUCGAGUGUUAUGGAGGUUCAGAUCAAGAAGGAGAAGACCACCAUCCGUGCAGGACAGUAUAUCUUCAUCAACUGCCCUGAGAUUUCGUACUUCCAGUGGCACCCUUUCACUUUGACCAGUGCACCGGAGGAGGAUUACAUCUCAGUCCAUAUCCGUGUCGAGGGUGACUUCACCACCGCUUUCUCCAAGGCUCUCGGAUGCGACUUCAGCAGGAAGAGCAAGGAUGAGAAGGGGGACAAUGCCGGCGGCAAGGUCAUUGGGACCAACUUGAACCCUCCCAUCAACCGCACUCUCCCUCGUGUCAUGGUUGACGGUCCGUUCGGUACAUCGUCCGAGGAAUAUCUCAACUACGAGACCGUUCUGCUUGUUGGUGCCGGUAUUGGUGUCACGCCCUUCGCCUCGAUUCUCAAGUCCAUCUGGUACCGCAUGAACAACUUCCACCACUCGAAGCCGACCCGUCUUUCCAAGGUCUAUUUCACAUGGGUCAUCCGAGACUUUGGCACGGCUGAAUGGUUCCAUUCUCUGCUGCAUGCCAUUGAGGAACAGGAUACUCAGAACAGGAUUGAGAUCAACAUCUACCUGACCCAGAGAAUGAAGGAGGAUGAAAUGAACAACAUUAUCGUGCAAGACGUCGGUGCCGAGAAAGAUGCCAUUACGUCUCUGCGAGCCCCGACACAUUUCGGUCGGCCUGCAUGGGACCGCAUCUUCCCUUCGAUUUCUGCCAAACAUCCUCAAUCGGAUGUCGGUGUGUUCUUCUGCGGUCCCGCUGCUAUUGCAAAGGCCUUGCACGUGGCAUCGAACAAGCACUCUGACCCUAACGGAGGCACGCGCUUCUUCUUUGGGAAAGAAAACUUCUGAGACGAGUUACCGGAACAUCUAUCUCUAUCUUACGAAUGUAUAUAUAAGUACAUACAUGCUUUCAGCGUGCCGUGCACAAACACAGGGAGCUAGUAGAAACAGCCUUCGCCGACAAUGAUGAGAGCACACUGGGAUAAAUGGGACAAUCCAUCCCAUAUAUGAUUGUGGCUGUGAGAUGCAGAUACUAUAUCACGUGCAUCCGACAAUAUCUAGGUCAGAGAUCUUUACGCAAAUUAUCUACACGGUCACCCUCGCUCGAGCGUUCGCCGGUACCCGAUCCAUGGCUGACGCCGAAACGGCGCGUUUGUGCACGCAAAUCGUUCAUACGCAUUUUGGUCCCUUAACAGCCAAUGUCGCGUCUGUGCUCCUGACGCGAGGGCGGUUAACUCUCCCUCAACUUGUGCGCUUCACGUCUAUCAAGCCCAGAACUGUCCGGGCAUGCAUUCUAGCUCUGGUGCAACACAACGUCCUAUGGCACGCACACUCCGAAGACGAAGGAGAGGUGCUGGAGUUCAAUAUCGAAGAAUGUCUACUCAGAUUGAGAUUCGGGCGGUUCGUCUGGCAAGCCGGGCAACUUUUCGGAGAAAAAGCCAGCGAAGUCGUCCAACUCAUCCUCGAUCACGGAAAGCUCAGGCCCACUGACAUCACGCGAAUUCUGGCUUCGGGGGAUGCAAAAGCCGUGAUUGCGUACUCCAAGAUCAUCCAUUCUCUCGUAACUUCGGGGUAUUUGAAACCGUCGACUGUCCUCUCGCACCUGUCUCCGCGAGAUAAACGAAUACGAUACGAGUCCGAAGAAAAAGCUAAAAUCAACGGGUUUCCUACUGCAAAGGAGCUGCGUGAAGCGAAGGAGACUGCGGAGGCUAGGUUAAAACGGGAAGAGGAGGAGGCAGAGCAAGUAGGAUUGACGCGGAGACCCAAGGAAGUGAAGGGUCACAAGUCUUCAAAACGCCAAACCGCUGAGGAGGAAGAAAUCGUUGAACCCACGGUAUACUUCCGCCUCAACUACGAGAGGUUCAACAUACAUAUCCGCAAUGACUUGAUCUCUCGAGCGGCAAAAGAGCGGCACAACGAAGGAGCGGCGCUAGUAAUCAAAACCAUUCUCAAAGAGACAGAAUCGAAACAGAAGAGUUUGGCCGAGCCACGAACAGAUCCGAUUUCGGUGUCCAACGUCGCGCUUGCUCUGGCGGACUCCGAUGAUCUGGCUUCCGGGCUUAUCCUCCGUACUAAGAAUCCAUCGAACACAACCUGUGUGAAGGAUUACCUGGGGAUAUUGUCGUGCGCCGAUAAUCCAACUCCCGCUGGCAGAAAUUCUUCGUUCAUCUCGUUCGGGGGCUCGAAGAUUCAGGUCGAGUUUGAGACAACAUGUAAACGGCUGGGGAGGCGUGUUCUGGAAUCCGUAACUCGGGAGCGCCAUGGAGCGCCUGGAGUCCGGAUCCUGAGGUUGCUGCUCGACACUGGCAAGAUGGAUGAGAAACAGAUCUCCAAGGUGGUCAUGGUCCCCGGCAAGGAUGUGCGACCGAUCCUGACUCGUAUGUCGUCCGAGUCGUUGAUCAGCACGCAAGAGCUGGCAAGAACUGCGGAUCGCCAUCCUUCGCGCAUGUUUUAUCUGUGGUAUGUCGACUUGCAAAAGGCUUACUCAGUUGUUAUCGGACAUCUGUAUAAGACGAUCUACAACAUUGAGUUGAGGCGACAAGUCGAGGGUGAAGAGCCCAUGGUCAAGGCCGUACUCGAGAAGCGGCAACGGAGUGACGUGAUCCAGGACGAGGAGACGUAUCUGUCUAGAAUGGAACUCGACACAAUCAGAGACUGGGAAGGGAAACGAGAGAAAUUGACUAUUCUCCAGAUGAGAGUUGAAGAAUCUGUAUUCAUCCUUCGAGAUCUCGGGAUAUUUGGUACCAAUGACGAUGUUUGAUCUGAGGUUAGGGCUAGAAAUUGUAAUGAUGAGUCGCGUCAAUAGACCCAAAUACUCAUGGCUUCCUCCUCCCAUCGUGUCCAGCUGAACAAACAGCUCUUCAACGCGCGAGUACAGCGUAUAUACGAGGGAUGGCGUAGCGCGGGACAAGACGAAGACUACGCCUCUGUCGCAGACACCGACGCUCUAUUGCUGGUCGCUGGCGAUCCUGCUCCAGAAGACGAACCUACGCGGAAGGGAACUUCGGUCCAGCAAUGGCUUCUUGGUUACGAGUUUCCAUCGACAUUGAUUCUGUUUGACGAGACGAAAAUCACUAUCCUGUGCUCGGCCUCCAAAGCCAAGAUUCUAUCGCAGGUUGAAGGGUCAUCUGGGAAGAUUCCCGUGGAGAUUCUGGCGCAGGCCAAGGGGAAAGAGCCCGCCAAUGAUUCAAUGUCCCGUUUCCUCGACUUGUAUACGUCCAAGCGGCGCGUCGGAUCCCUCCCCAAAGAGGAAUACACAGGCAAACUUAUCGAUGAGUGGAAGAAGUUGGUCAAUGGGGCACCUGCGAAACCUGAAAUUGUGGAUAUGGGGCCUGCACUGUCUGCUUUCAUGGCCGUGAAAGACGCCGAAGAAUUGAAAUGCAUGCAGCUCGCUGGGGCUUUGACGAGCACACUUCUCAAAUACUAUGUGGCUGACAAGCUUGAGUCUAUCUUGGACAAAGAAUCGAAGGUCACACACUCAACGCUCGGGGCGCUCAUCGAGGCUCGUCUGGGUUCUGGAGAGGGCGACAGUGCGAAGCCUCCAGACUCGAGAGUCUGGAGUCGGGGCAAGGGUUUGAGUGAUAUUGAUUGGUCUUUGGUGGAGUUUUGCUACCCGCCCAUCAUCAUAUCUCGCUCAUCCCGCACUGGAUACGAUCUUCGAUACACUGCCGAGUCAAGCGACGACAACAUCUCGCACAAAGGAGUCCUUCUUGUCGCAUUUGGGCUGCGAUACAAAUCCUAUUGUGCCAACGUGGGACGAACAUUCAUCGUCGACCCCACGCCUGAACAAGAAAAACAGUACAGCCUGCUUCUCUCUCUACAGCAAGAGUUACUCCAGAAGAUCAAGCACGGUGUAACUACUCGCGACGUCUAUAACCUUGCACUCUCAUACGUCAAAGAACACAAUCCAGAACUGGAAAAGAACUUCCAGAAGAACAUCGGCUUUGGGAUGGGCAUCGAAUUCCGAGACUCUGCUUACUUGCUAGCUAGCAAGACGAAUCGUCCAUUGAAGGAGAGCAUGGUUUUAAAUCUGAGCUUGGGGUUGGCUGAACUGGUCGAUAACAGUGGGAAAAAAUAUGCGUUGCAAUUGGUCGACACCAUCAAGAUUGGGCGAAACGAGUCCAAUCUGCUCACUGAUGGAACACGCUCGAUCAAAGACACAAUGUUUUUCCUGACUCCCGAAGAGGAGGAGAAGCCGAAAAAGAAGCCUCCCGUAGCACCUCGGCCGAAGGGCUCUCCGCAGAAGAAGACCGUCGCUGGCAAGGUGCUCCGUAAUCAGACCCGUCGAACCCAAGAUGAGGUCCAUCAGACCGCUGCAGCCAAGCUGGCAGAGCACCAGCGAGAACUGCACGCUGCGUUGCAGAAUGCCGGGAUCGAUAAAUUCUCUGAAGAAGGGGAAGGGAAAGAAGGCAAGGAGGGCAAGGGGUGGAAGAAAUUCCAAAGUUACAAGGGCGAGGGUGGUCUUCCCAACGAAGUCGAGCGAUUGAGGAUUCACGUCGAUCGCAAGGCGCAGACAGUCAUACUUCCUAUCAACGGCUUUGCUGUUCCGUUCCACAUAAAUACGAUAAAAAACGCCAGCAAGAACGAUGAGGGCGAUUUGACUUACCUGCGCAUCAACUUCCAAACUCCUGGCCAGCUUGCGGGUAAGAAGGAGGACACACCUUUCGAAGAUCCCGAUUCCAACUUCAUUCGUUCCGUUGUUUUCCGUUCUCCAGACGGACAUCGGUUUGACAACAUCUGCAAGCAAAUCACCGAGCUGAAGAAAGAGAUGAACAAACGCGAGCAGCAGAAGAAGGAAAUGGCGGACGUUGUGGAGCAAGGCAAUUUGAAUGAAGUUAAGGGCCGACGCCCAUACAAGUUGCCCGACUCAUUUAUCCGACCUGCGCUCGACGGCAAGCGGCUGGCGGGUGAAGUGGAAAUUCACCAGAACGGUGUGCGAUACCAGUCUCCGAAUGGACAGAAAGUCGAUGUCUUGUUCAGCAACGUCAGGCAUCUCUUCUUCCAGCCUUGUGACUUCGAACUGUUGGCGAUUGUCCACUUGCAUCUCAAGGCACCCAUCAUGAUUGGCAAGAAAAAGACGCUCGAUAUACAAUUUGUCCGUGAAGCGACUGACGCACAAUUCGAUGAAACGGGAAACCGAAAGCGCAAGCACCGAUACGGAGACGAAGACGAGAUCGAGCAGGAGCACCACGAGCGAAAGCGUCGGCAGCAAUUAAAUAAAGAGAUUGAGGCGUUUGCGCAGAAAAUCUCCGAUGCAGCAUCGGCAUCUACCGGGGAAACGCUCGAUGUCGAUGUUCCGUUCCGCGAUCUCUCGUUUGAAGGCGUUCCUUUCCGACAGGCAGUGCGGUUACAGCCGACAACUGAAUGCUUGGUGCACCUGACCGACCCACCGUUCUUGGUGGUGACACUCUCCGAAAUUGAAUUGGCAUCCCUGGAACGUGUCCAGUUCAGUCUCAAACAGUUCGAUAUCUGCUUCAUCUUCAAAGACUUUUCGAAGGCGCCCCUCCAUAUCAAUUCUGUGCAGAGCACUCAGAUGGACGAUGUACGGAACUGGCUCGAUUCCGUUGACAUUGCCAUGACCGAGAGUCCAGUGAAUUUGAAUUGGGGACCCAUCAUGAAGACAAUCAACGAUAGCCCGCAUGACUUCUUCCGGGAUGGUGGAUGGUCGUUCCUGGGACGCGGAAACGGAGCUGAUAGCGACCACUCUGACGAUCAAUCGGAGUCCGAAUCGGAGUUCGAGGCCGACUCGGAUGAGAUGCAAGCCGAGAGCAGCGAUGACGGUAGCGGUUACUCGGACAACAGCAACGAGAGCGGCUCAGACUUUGGCGACGACUCUGACGAUGCCAGCGACGAUGGGGAUGACUGGGACGAACUCGAGCGCAAGGCCGCCAAGUCUGAUCAAAAGCGUGCCGAUGAAAAGAGACGGCAGGGCUCGGACGACGAGGACGAGGACCUUCCGAAGAAGAAGAAGGCGAACGGGAAAUCGAACGACAAGCCUUCGAAGAAGAAGACGUCUAAGCAUUGAUCUCUUUAUCAUCUGGCGCAUUUAUCUGUACUUUGUAGUUUGUAAUCUAGACUUUCCUAAUGCAGCGUUCUGGCGUAGAAGACGUGUCAAACUUCCAUCAGCACAGCUUGGGCACAGCAUUGGCACUCUCCGACACCACGACAUGGUCGCAAUUGUCCCAGACCUGGAGUCUCUCGUGACUCCGUUUGGGUCUGCCACACGCACUAAGCGAGGGUUCUGUCCCGUCACCAAGAUAAGACAUCAAGGCUCGGGGCCAGAGAAGCUCGUCUUCGUGAUGGGGCUCAACAGCUCUAGUUUCUCUUGGCUGAGCCAAGUCCAGCAUUUCGGAAGUCUUUCCGAUUACACUGUCCUUGUAUUCGAUAACAGAGGCGUUGGGCAUUCAGGGACACCGCGCGGUCCGUACAGUACGAGCGGGAUGGCCGAAGAUAUCAUCGUUCUCUUGGACUACUUAUCGUGGACCGGUAAACGCGACAUACAUGUCGUCGAGUUGGCUACUCGUAUUCCUGAUCGGAUCGCAUCUCUCGUUCUCGCUGUGACGACCCCCGGAGGGUAUUUCUGGAACAACUUCUCUCCUUGGAAGGGCACCCGGUCCUUGGCGAAACUUACAUUCACGGCCGAUGUGGAAGACAAGAUCCCUAUUAUCCUGGACAUGGUCUAUCCUGCGGGAUGGCUCGAUGAACCUGUAGAGGGCGGGGAGCCCGGCCAAACCAAUCGCGAAGAACAAAUCCUGGUCUAUCGCCGACGAAUUGAGCUGACGCCCAAACAGCAUUUGACGGGUGUUUUCUCGCAAAUGGCGGCUGCGCUCACGCACCACGUCAGCCCCGAGCGCCUGCGCUUCAUUUGCGACUCGAUCCCGAAGGUUCUCAUACUCACUGGUGACCGCGACAAUCUCGUGAAUCCGGCGCACAGCCGUCGUAUCAAAGCAGCCAUGCCGGAUGCCGAAUUUGUCGAAUGGGUGGAGACCGGGCAUGCUAUACAUGCCUUGAACACCGUGCUUGCAUUUGUCUCGUCGCGAAAACAUCUUGCGAGUUCCUUCGAUUCGAUCCGCGCCUCGGUCGAGAAUCUUCUCAAGCGGCAGGGGCAUCUGGAGCUCCAAAGCGUCGCUGAACUCAAAGCGCUCCUCCCGGACCUUGUCAAGUUCGCCUAUAUUCCCCACAACGAAGUCGUUGUGAACGAUGCUUCAAAUCCCGAUUCCCGGCGCGCAGGCAACGAGGACUUUCGGCUGCCGAGUACAAGCACCCAAGAGAACGAUUCCGACCACAUCCUGAUCCUUGAAUUCCUGGACAAGUCCAACGGCAGGAAAGCCGAGACCUCACAGGACGUGUUCACUGCGCCUGCCACGUUGACGCCGAGUGCAAUGAAGAAACUAGUCGAGCGCAGGAAUAGCAAAUACGAGUCGGCUGUGAACGAGCUACUGUCCGUAGCAGCCGCCACGGAUAGCGAUGCGGUGGAGAUGCUGAAGUCUGCGGCGAGGGAACAUAUUCCGGUGGACCCCAAACAGGCGAAGACGAGCUUGGAACCGGUGGAGAUCCCUGAGCCGUCCCAGCGCGCGUCAAUCGAUUCGAUUCUGUCGCGUAUCGUGGAAGAGGAAUGGUAUAGGGCUCAGAUAUCCCAUCGACGCACUGUGGAUGCAAGAUCUAGUGUGACUGGAACGCUGGACGCGCCGUUGUCCGAGGCCAUCCAAACGGCGUUGCAGCGAUUAGGAAACAUCUCGACUCUGUACUCCCAUCAAGCAGCGGCCAUCAACGCAGUGCACUCGCGCAAGAAUGUCAUCGUCAGCACGAGCACAGCCUCGGGCAAGAGCGUGAUCUAUCAGGUGCCUGUGCUCCAAUUUCUGGAAGCGGAUCCCACAGCGAAGGCUGUAUUCGUGUACCCGACAAAGGCCCUAGCUCAAGAUCAACGAGGCUCGUUUGAGCAGCUGAUCUCUCACUGCGCGGGACUGGAGCACGUCAAAGUUGCGACGUACGAUGGAGACACGCCCCAAGAGCUGAGAGCAGUCAUCCGGGGGACAGCGUCGGUUAUAUUCACAAACUUCGACAUGAUCCAUGCCUCGAUACUCCCACAUGAAGAGGUUUGGAGAAACUUCUUGAAGCACCUGAAGAUCUUUGUGGUGGAUGAGUUGCACUACUACUCCGGGGUCUUUGGGAGUCAUGUGGCUCAAAUCCUGCGCAGAUUGCGCCGAGUGUUGCAUGCUGUAGGCAAUCGACGAACCGUGUUCGUCUCAUGCAGCGCGACAAUAUCCAAUCCUGGCUUGCACAUGCAGAAACUCUUUGGGCUCGACGAGAGCUCGGUUGAAGCCGUGACAGAAGACGGGGCUCCGUCAGGGGUGAAAGACUACGUGAUCUGGCAGCCGCCGCAAGUAGACAACCGUCCUACGAGCGGAAUAUCCGAAGCCACAGCGCUGAUGGUGUAUCUCAUGCAGCGAGGGGUCCGCACGAUCCUGUUCUGCAAGAUCCGAAAAGUGUGCGAAAUUGCGAUGAAGAAUGUGCGGCUGCAACUGAGCAAAGAGGGCCGGUUUGAUAUCCUGGACCGGGUCCAGUCGUAUCGGGGAGGUGCGUCGUCUGAUAGGGACCGCCGCCGUAUCGAGCAGGAUGCAUUCAGUGGCCGCUUGCUGGGAAUAGUGGCUACGAAUGCACUCGAGCUGGGAGUCGACAUCGGCGUCCUCGAUGCAGUGGUCAUGCUGGGUUUCCCAGUUUCACUUGCCAGCUUUAGACAACAAGCGGGCCGAGCUGGGCGCCGUGCGCGAGACUCAUUGGCGCUAUUUGUCGCCGAGCACCUGCCUGUGGACCAGUAUUUUGCCAAGAAUCCUGACGAGCUGUUUGACGGCGUGAUCGCAGAUCAAGUUAUCGAUCUGGACAACCAGAUUCUCCUAGAGGCUCAUCUGCAAUGUGCUGCACAGGAGAUGCCGAUCUGCGAUGCCGACAGUGUAUUCUUUGGACCUUUGAUGAAGUCGAUAUGUGAAAGCAAGUUGCGCAAGGACGCUGAGGGCUGGUAUCACACGCAUCCCAAUCUCCUCCCCUCGCCCGGCAGGAAUAUUUCCAUCCGCGGCAUCCAGACGCAGGAUCUGUACGCCGUCAUCGACAUGACCUUUGGUGUGCCUGUGAUGCUCGAAGAGCUGGAGCUCCUACGAGCCAUGUUUGAGGUAAUCGCGAGAGUCACGCGCGCGGAUGUGAAUUGGGUGACCGCUCCGCGCGAUUUUACGGAUGUCGAUGCGAUUCAGACUUGGAGGAUCAAGCAGGUCGGUGCAUGGAGGGCCUGUUAUGGGCGGGUCCAUGUGCAAGUGAUUGUAUUCGGAUUUUACAAAAUCCGACACAACACGAUCCUGGAUGCCGUCGCGCUGGACACUGCACCCUGGUCGCAUACUACCACAGGGUUCUGGAUCGACUUGCCCGCCGCAACUCUAGCGCUGCUACGGCUCAAGCGAUUUCUGCCCGCCGCGGCAAUCCAUUCCGCGGCGCACGCCGUUCUGAACGGCUUUGUUUUCGCGGAUGUCAAGACGGAGUGUAAAGCAGCAGAGAAGGAGUUGCUGAAGAAGGACAGCAAACGAAAGCGGCCGGCGAGGUUGAUUUUCUACGAUUCGGUCGGUCUGGAGGGUGUCAGCCGCAAUGCGUUCGACCAUGGUUUGCUACGGCAGAGCGCACGAUCGCAGGUUGUCCCUGCGACGAAGGCUGCACCAAAUGCAUGUGUUUCGUUUCCGUGCGUGCGAAUCACUAUUGACCGCGCAGCAGGUGUCUACAGCCCAGCAUGCAAGGAGAAAAACUCCGUUGCCUCGAAGCUGGGUGCACUCAUCGUACUCCGCGGGAUCCUCGGCAUUUUCAUCGACGCCGCCGCCAUCCCAGAGCAAGAUUCGGACGCGGACGACAGCAUUGUCCCAGCCUCGGGCGUCGGCGCGAUUACAGAUGUCCUGGUUGAAACAUAUAAUACGGAUAGAUAA